AUGGCGCUUCCGUCAAGGAAUCGCGAAACCGUUGUGCUCGCCUGCGGUGGCAAAGUUGUGGUCACCAUUGAUAUGCGUGAAUCCUGUCUCCUCCUCUAUCCCCUUCCUGAAUGGGAAGUUGUGCAGCGCAAGCUUGAAGAUCUUUCCAAUAUCAAUCCGCAAGCGCGCUUACUGCAGCGUUUACUGAUUGGUCAUGCAACAGAUCUGGAACUUGAUGCCAAUGGCCGGAUAUUGCUGCCUGCCAUGUUGCGCGAUUAUGCGGGCUUAAGCAAAAAGUUAGUACUGGUUGGCCAGGGUAAUAAGAUCGAAAUCUGGUCUGAAGACCAAUGGAAGGAAAGUAUGCAGGGCUGGCUGGCCGAAGAUAGCGGACAUAGCCGUGCGCUGUUAGCGCGCUUACCCAGUGAUGCACGCCUGUUAGUGAUUGACCGGGAUCCCGACGCCGUUGCGGUUGCUGAACAGCUUGAGCGGGAAGACUCGCGCGUGUCGGUUUGCCAUACCCGGUUCUCAGAGCUCACUGCCGCGCUGGAGCAGGAAGGUUUUACCUCAGUGCAAGGCAUAUUGAUGGAUCUGGGCGUGUCCUCGCCACAGCUCGAUGAAGGCGCCCGGGGAUUUAGCUUCCGUCACGAUGGACCGCUGGAUAUGCGCAUGGAUUCGAGCACCGGCGACACUGCGGCGCAGUGGCUCAACCAGGCCGAAGAACGCGAAAUUGUUACGGUACUGAGAAAUUACGGAGAAGAGCGGUUUGCCGGUCGAAUUGCACGGGCGAUCAUCAAGGCCCGUCCGCUGACAACCACCCAGGCGCUGGCUGACACCGUUGCCCAGGCUGUGCCUCAGCGAGGCCCGGUGAAGAAACAUCCCGCUACCCAGACAUUCCAGGCUGUGCGUAUUCAUGUUAACCAGGAGUUUGCUGAGCUGGAGGCCGGAUUGACGGCGGCCUUUGCGUUGCUGGCUGAAGGCGGUCGUCUUGCGGUGAUCAGUUUUCAUUCUCUUGAGGAUCGUGUGGUUAAGCACACCUUCAGAACCUGGACGCGACCGCCAGUCAUGCCGCGGCGAGUGCCUUUGCGUCACGCGCAGAUGACCACCGCAGCGACAGAUAUUGCAGGUCCGGUGCGUGCUGGGGCGCUUGAAUUGAAAAACAAUCCACGCGCGCGCAGUGCCACCCUGCGGGUCAUUGAAAAGAAGGUGCAGCGGGAGCAGGACAGACUGCUGGAAGAGCAUAGCCGGCUGAUGUUGGAACGCGGCACCCUUGGCAGCAUGCAGAACAUUGAAGUUGAGCAGGGUGACGCCCGUUCUAUUCGAACAGAAGUCAUCCCAGCUAUGCGCGGUGUGAUCUACGAUCGGCAAGGUGAGCCGCUUGCGGUGAGUACCCCGGUUUUUGCCGUGUGGACUGAUCCCAGUAAAGCGCAGUUAGGCAGUGAUGCGCUGGCGCAGCUCGCAGGUCUGAUCGAUGUGCCCGCAAAGCGCCUGACAGAACGUAUGCAGACCCAUCGUGACAAAGAGUUUGUCUAUCUGAAGCGGCGGGUUUCCUGGGCAGUUGCGGAGCAGGUCCGCAAAGCACGCCUCAGCCAUGUUUAUCUGCAGCCGGAAUACAGGCGUUAUUAUCCUGCCGCAGAAACCACCGCGCACAUUGUUGGCGUCACCAAUAUUGAUGACGAAGGCAUAGAAGGCAGCGAAUAUGCCUUUCAAGAGGUGCUCAAAGGUGAACACGGCAGCAAGGUGGUCCUGCGAGAUCGUCAGGGCACCAACAUCAGAGAUCUGUCUUAUAACGGUGCGCCGGAAUAUGGCCAGGACCUGAAUUUAAGUAUCGAUCUGCGCCUGCAGUUUCUGGCCUACAGGGAGCUGAAGUCUGCGGUUACCAGUCACCAGGCUAAAUCCGGUUCACUGGUGAUGCUGGAUGUAGCCAGCGGUGAGAUUCUUGCCAUUGUGAAUCAGCCUUCGUACAACCCAAACGAUAUUCGUGAGCAGCUUUCGGGCAUGCGCAACCGCGCGAUUACAGACGCCUACGAACCCGGCUCGACCAUGAAGCCCUUUACGGCGUUGGCCGCAUUGGAAACAGGUCGCUAUAGUGGUCGUACCGAGAUUGAAACAGCGCCAGGUUUUUUCCACAUUGGUAAAAAGCUGGUACAGGACCCGGUUAAUCGCGGCUUGAUAACCCUGGCGGAGUCACUGCAGAAAUCCAGUCAGGUGGCCUUUGCAAAAAUUGCCUUGGAUCUGGAAGAGCAGGCCGUUUUUGAUGUUAUCCGUCGAGCCGGGGUAGGUGAUUUUCUGGGUACUGGCUUGCCUGGUGAAACCAUGGGAUAUCUGGCCAGCGCGCAACUGCGUUAUCCGGUGGUUCGGGCCAGUCUGGCGUAUGGUUAUGGCUUGUCCGUCACGCCUCUGCAGCUGGCGCAUGCCUAUCUUACGCUUGCGACUCUUGGCGAAAAGCUACCUCUUUCAGUUAUCGCACGGUCCGAUCGGAGCAGGCGCUUGAUGCGCGAACGUGUCUUUGACCGUCGUAUUGCAAGCGAAGUACUGGCGAUGAUGGAAGGCGUUACAACUGAAGGCGGUACGGCGACCACAGCGGCGGUUAGUGGCUAUCGCGUGGCCGGCAAAACCGGCACGGCCAGGAUCGUGGGCCCUCAGGGCUAUAACGAUGAGCGGCACGUGGCUUGGUUUGCAGGUGUUGUGCCUGUCAGUGAUCCCAAGCUGGUAAUGGUAGUUGUGGUCAAUGAGCCUAAAGCCGGAGUCUCCGGAGGCGGUGCGGUAGCUGCGCCGGUGUUCGCGCGCGGCCGGGUGAAUUUACGAGCCUUGCUUGAUGACGAGUCUGUACCUGCCCUUGAGCUUACCGGGCUGGCUGAGCACAGCCAACAGGUACAACCUGGAUUUGGCUAUAUUGCCGUGGCAGCCAACGAUGAUGAUCUGCUUCGACAUUGCCGUGAUGCCCUUGCCCGCGGCGCGCAGGCCCUGCUGAUAGAUUCCGCUGCAGCGAGUCAGGCCAAGCUCAGUCGGGCUGCACCAGAUUCGUGUGUUUGCGAGGUUGUUGAUCUGGCCAAACGGCGCGGUGAACUGGCUGCCCGGUUUUAUCGUCACCCCAGUGCACAUAUGACCUGUAUCGGUGUCACCGGUACCAAUGGGAAAACUUCUGUUGCCUACCACAUUGCUGAUCUGGCAAAGCGGUUGGGCCAUCCGAUGGGUUACAGCGGCACCUUGGGGUGGGGGGCUUUAGAUCACCUGGUUGAUGAAGGUAUGACUACGGGUAACGCGGUUGCCUUGCAGCGUCAGUUGGCAGAUAUGCUUGGCGCGGGGCUCGAAGGUGUGUCUAUGGAGGUCAGCUCCCACGCAUUGCAUCAGAAUCGGGCGUCAGAGAUUGAAUUUGAUGUCGCUUUGUUUACCAACCUGAGUCGUGACCAUCUGGAUUACCACGGCACCAUGGACGCGUAUGGUGAGGCUAAGGCCAAGCUGUUUACCCAGUGGCCGUUGCGCGCCGCGAUCAUCAACGUCGACGAUGAAUUUGGUGAUGCGCUUGCGCAGCGCUGUUCGUGCCCGGUGGUACGAGUAGGUCAAACGGGUGAUUGGCGCUGGCGAUAUCGGCGCCAUGCCAACGGCUUGCUGGUGAGCUGGCAGACACCUGAUGGUGAAUGUGAAGCGGUAUUGCCUGUACUUGCAGACUUUGCUGUGGCUAACGUCACCCUGGCUAUGGCUGCGCUUGUGACCCUGGGUUAUCCACUCUCCAGAAUUGUCGACGCGCUUGCUGAUAUGGCCGGUGUUCCGGGUCGGAUGGAAGUUGUUGCGGGACGGGACGACCAGCCUACUGUGGUUGUUGACUAUGCGCACACGCCAGAUGCGUUGAUUAAAGUUUUACGCGCCCUGAGACAAACCUGUCAGGCGCAAUUGUAUUGUGUUGUUGGCUGUGGUGGUGACCGCGAUAGCGGUAAGCGUUCGAUGAUGGGCGCGGCUGCUGCGGAUGCCGCUGAUCACAGCUGGUUCACCGCUGACAAUCCGCGGAGUGAAGCCGCUCAGCAGAUUAUUGCGGAUAUGAUGGCGGGCGUGUCUGCGGACAGGCGCGAUACGAUUAUCUCUGAACCCGAUCGGCGCCGUGCGAUAUAUGCAGCUGUUGCAAUGGCAGGGGGCGGCGACACGGUUCUUAUCGCCGGUAAAGGCCACGAGACUGUGCAGGAAAUCGCGGGUACUAAAUACGCUUUUGAUGAUCGGGUUCUGAUGCUGUUGUGGCUGACCGACUAUCUUUCAGAGUUUGUUCGCGCUUUUGCGGUUUUCCAGUAUCUGACGUUCCGCACCAUGGUCAGCGUGAUGACCGCUCUAUUUACAUCAUUGCUGAUUGGCCCCUACGUGAUUGCCAAGCUAGCGGAUCUGCAGAUGGGCCAGACCGUGCGUGAAGACGGACCCCAGUCGCAUCUCAGUAAAGCCGGCACGCCAACCAUGGGGGGUGCGCUGAUUCUGAUUGUUAUUCUUGUAACGACAUUAUUGUGGGGAGAUCUGACGUCCCGUCAUAUCUGGGUGGUGCUCAGCGUGACCGCUGCAUUUGGCAUUAUCGGCUGGGCAGAUGAUUACUUGAAAAUUGCCCGCAAGAACAGUGCGGGUCUGGUCGCGCGUUGGAAAUACUUCUGGCAGUCCUUAGUUGGUUUAUCUGCCGCAGUUUUUCUGUUUACCGCCGCAGAACUUCCCGCUGAGACAGCUUUGAUUGUGCCAUUUUUCAAAGAGGUGGCUAUUCCGCUGGGUACCGGUUUUGUGCUUCUGAGCUAUCUGAUGAUUGUCGGCAUGAGUAAUGCUGUGAAUCUAACAGAUGGUCUUGAUGGUCUGGCUAUAUUGCCUACGGUCAUGGUCGGUGCUGCGCUGGGUCUGAUUGCCUACGUCGCGGGCAACACUGAAUUUUCCGCUUAUCUGCAGAUUCCCUAUAUACCGGGAGCUGGUGAGCUGGCAGUUUUCUGUGGUGCUUUGAUCGGUGCAGGUCUCGGAUUUCUCUGGUUCAACACUUACCCCGCGCAGAUUUUUAUGGGUGACGUAGGUGCGCUUGCGCUGGGUGCUGCACUUGGCGUAGUUGCAAUCAUCGUCAGGCACGAAAUAGUGUUGUUAAUUAUGGGUGGGUUGUUUGUGCUCGAAACGGCCAGCGUCAUUAUCCAGGUUGCGUCUUUCCGACUAACCGGGAAGCGCAUUUUUCGCAUGGCACCCAUUCACCAUCACUUUGAGUUGAAAGGAUGGCCGGAACCCAAGGUUAUUGUCAGGUUCUGGAUUGUCACGUUAGUGCUGGUCACCAUCGGUCUUACCUCACCCUUAAAUAUCGAUCAACUGUCGUCUGUAGCCGUGCUCGGCUACGGGGUGACCGGCGAGUCCGUACCGGUUGAUUGUGCAAUUGUCAGUCCGGGCCUGAAUAUGGACGCCUGUUUGUUACAAAGCGCCCGUGCAGCGGGUGUGCCGCUAUACAGCGAUAUUGACCUGUUUUUCGCUGCUGUAGCGGCGCCGGUAAUUGGUAUCACCGGCACAAAUGGGAAAAGCACGGUGACUUCACUGGUAGGCCACCUGAUAAAUGCUGUUGGUCACUCCUGCGGUGUGGGCGGCAAUCUUGGCGUGGCCGCGCUCGACAUUAUUGAUUCCGAGCAUGAUUGUUAUGUGCUGGAACUUUCCAGUUUUCAACUCGAACGUAGCCUGCUCCACCCAUACGCCGCGUCUUCCGUAUUGAACCUCAGCGAAGAUCAUCUUGAUAAACAUCAAGAUAUGCAGGCAUACGCCGCAAGUAAACAUCGCAUUUAUGCGAAUUCAGGUACCCGUGUGUUCAACCGUGCUGAUCCGCUGACGCUUCCUCACACAGAUGGCCGAACGGUGAGCUUUGGUUUGGAUGAGCCGCCUGGCCCAGAUGACUGGGGUAUCCGACUGUCAGCUGAUGAACGCUUCAUUGCUAGAGGCGAAGAGAUUAUCUGCCCUGUUUCCCAGUUGCCGUUGGCGGGUGAACAUAAUGAGCAGAACGUGCUGGCGGCUUGUGCCCUGACUCAGGGGUGGGUGGACUUAGACAGGCUCACUCAGGCGCUGUCUUCUUUUCAGGGGCUGGCGCAUCGUUUUGAGCAGGUUGCUGAGGUUGGUGGCGUAAAUUUCAUAAACGACUCCAAAGCGACAAAUCUGGGUGCCACCAUGGCUGCGUUGGCAGGCAUGUCUGCCGAUAAACAGGUGGUCCUGAUUGCUGGUGGUGAUGCCAAAGGCGUUGAUCUUGCGCCUCUGUCAGCGUUGUUGGCGUCCAGAGUGCAUCAUCUGGUUGCGCUGGGUCAGGACGGCCCGCAGCUUAUGCAGCUGGCUGAGUCUGUUGGUGUUGCCGCUACUCUGGUUGCGUCGAUGGAAGAGGCGGUAGACGUCUCUCAAAGAGUGGCACGACAGGGCAACACGGUCUUAUUGUCUCCUGCCUGCGCCAGUCUGGAUAUGUUUGUCAGUUAUGCUGAUCGAGGCGAGCAAUUUGUGCGCGCGCCGGAAAUUCGUUUGGCUCCCGUGGUGAUUCCCUGGGUGGCGUUGCUUGUUAUUGGCACGAUUAUGGUAGGUUCAGCCGCUGUCGCCCUGGGCGGCGGACACCUGAGUAAACACAUGGUUUUCCUGGCGGUUGCUGCUGUCAGUUCUGUAGUUGUUUUUGCAGUGCCCCCUUCGAUCUGGAAUAAGCUCUAUCUGUUAGGUUGGGUUGCGUCUGUUGCGAUUGCGGUCCUCGUGCUGGUGCCCGGAAUAGGUACCGAGGUUAACGGUGCUCAGCGUUGGAUAAGGUUGGGUGGCUUCUCUAUUCAAGCAUCAGAGGUCGCGAAAUUCGGCCUGUGUGUAUACAUGGCGGGCUAUCUCAGUCGACAUCAUCAGAAACUCAGCGAAGAUCCGCGUGUAUUAUUUGUACCAUUGCUGAUGGUUGGUGUGGUCUGUGCCUUACUGGUUGUCGAGCCUGACCUGGGUUCAGCGGUAGUGAUUGUUGGCGCCAGUGUUGCUGUGCUGUUUCUGGCUGGCGCCAAGUUGCGUUAUUUUCUGCUGAUUCUGUUGGCCGGUGCUGGACUUCUUGCCUUACUGGUCUGGGACGAACCCUACCGCAUGGAACGUCUCGUUGCGUUUCUUGAUCCCUGGUCGGUAGCUUUUGGCAGUGGUUAUCAAUUGACACAGGCACUUAUUGGUUUUGGGCGCGGUGAACUGUUUGGUCUGGGUUUGGGUGAAGGUGUGCAGAAACUGUACUACCUGCCAGAAGCGCACAACGACUUUAUUUUCAGCGUCGUGGCUGAAGAGCUUGGCGCCGUUGGCGCGAUUCUGCUCGCACUUCUAUUGACGUAUCUGGUGUUCCAGCUGCUUAAAGUCUCGCGUGCAAAUAUAGCCCGGCAGGCCAUAUUUGCCGGCAUGGCAGGCUAUUUUGUGGCCUUUAUUAUCGGCAUUCAGUUUCUUGUGAACCUUGGGGUUAACACGGGUGUGCUGCCGACCAAGGGGUUAACCCUGCCUUUUGUCAGCUAUGGUGGUAACAGUCUGAUUGUCUGUUGCGCGAUGCUGGCGCUGCAAGCAGUUUACCAGGUACCGGAAAUGGGGCGCAUUCGCUGCAUCCAUUUUGUUGGCAUUGGCGGUGCCGGCAUGUGUGGUAUUGCGGAAGUCAUGUUGAAUCAGGGUUACCAGGUAACCGGCUCAGAUGUGAAAGCUUCUGAGAACACCGCACGCCUCGAAAACAAAGGCGCCACCAUACACAUAGGGCACAGCGCGGACUGGGUUGCCGAUGUUGAUGUGGUUGUAGUGUCGAGUGCCAUCGAUGAAGAAAACCCUGAGGUGCAAGCUGCACACCAGGCCCGUACGCCGGUGGUGCCGAGAGCUGAAAUGCUUGGUGAGCUGAUGCGUUAUCGUCAUGGUAUUGCCGUAGCCGGCACACACGGAAAAACCACAACCACGAGUUUGCUGACAGAAAUUUUUCGCUGUGCCGGACUAUCACCCACGUUUGUGAUUGGCGGCCUGCUGAACAGUGCCGGUACUAAUGCAGAGCUCGGUCUGGGUCGAUAUCUUAUUGCAGAAGCGGAUGAGUCAGACGGUUCUUUUCUGCGGUUGCAGCCCAUGUCGGCGGUCAUUACCAAUAUUGAUCGUGAUCAUAUGGCCACUUACGGUAACGACUUUAAUGUGCUCAAAGAGACCUUUGUUGAGUUUGUUCAUCGCUUGCCGUUUUAUGGAGCCGUGGCGGUCUGUGUUGAUGAUGCUGAGGUGGUAGAUAUUCUGCCGCAUCUAUCCAGGCCGGUAUUGACCUAUGGUUUGUCUGCUGAGGCUCAGUUCCGAGCGCAUAAUAUUCAACCCGACGGCAAAACGUGGCAGUUCGAUGUCGAUCGAGGCAGUUUUGGCGGGCCGUUACAGAUCAGUUUGUCGAUCCCUGGAACACAUAACGUUCUCAAUGCGCUGGCGGCGAUAGCGAUCGCAACUGAAGAAGGUAUAGACGACCGCCAUAUCGUUGAGGGGCUGCUUGGAUUUGCUGGUGUCGACAGACGCUUUCAGGUGACGGACAACGUUCAUGUUGGCGACCAGCUUCUGUCGAUGGUUGACGACUAUGGACAUCACCCAACCGAGGUUGCAGCGGUGAUUGCGACCGCGCGUAAGGUCUGGCCGGACGCCACGAUUGCAAUGGUUUACCAACCGCAUCGUUAUUCCCGCACCCGCGAUCUGUUUGAUGAUUUUGUGCGUGUUCUGUCCGAACUCGAUGCGGUCAUGCUGGUCGAGGUUUACGCCGCCGGUGAAGGGCCCAUUGCUGGAGCCGACAGUAAGUCAUUGUGCCAGGCUAUUCGUCAGCGCGGCGGUGUCAGCCCCGUUUAUGCGCAAGACCCCGAGGAAGCUUUGCAGCUGCUCAUGUUUAAUCGCCUGUUGUUUGCUGUGGUUGUGUUAUCCAUUGUUGUGGUGGCUGCUGGUCUCUGGCAUACCCUGGAUAAGCCUGUGCAGGGGUUUGUUAUUGAAGGCGACCUGUCUGGUAUGGAGCGUGCUGAAUUGCAGGCAGCACUCAGUGACACUGCGUUGCAGGGCAUCCUUUCAACCAGACUGGAUGCCAUUGUAUCCCGGGUUCAGAGUUUGCACUGGGCGAAAGACAUCAGCAUCCGCCGGGCCUGGCCUGACCGCUUUGUUGUGACACUACACAAAGCCGCACCUGUUGCGCGUUGGGGGGAUAGUCAAUAUGUGUCUGCGUAUGGCGAUCUGCUUGAGUUACCAGAUGUCUACCCCGGGCUGCCGCAUUUCAUGGUAGAGGUCAGUAAUCCUCAGGAAGCAAUGCAGACUUAUCGCCUGCUGGACCAGAUUGCGGCUCGGGAAUCCCUUGCCAUCAGCCGUCUUGCUCAGAAUAGCCAGGGUGAAUGGAGCGUAGAAUUAUCGAAGGGGCCGCGAGUGUUGCUUGGCGCGCAGCAGAUAAACGAGCGCAUGCACCGAUUUUUACUGGUAUAUCGCCGAGUGCUCAGCGCUGGGGAUAAGCCCGCGGAAUAUGUUGAUGCCCGUUACGCCAAUGGCGUAGCCGUGCGCUAUGUCCCGGAACAGCAAACAAAUAAUGAAUCUCUGUUGGUUGCGGAUGCAGAUGCUGCAGCUUAUCUACAAAGAAUUGUCGGGCUUGAUAUAGGCACCAAUAAGGUUGCCGCAAUAGUCGCUGAAGUUAACCGUGAUGGUGAGCUGGAGAUUAUCGGGAUCGGCACGCACAACUCGCGCGGUCUAAAGAAAGGCGUGGUCGUCAAUAUUGAAUCCACAGUUCAGUCGAUUCAGCGCGCCAUCGAAGAAGCAGAGCUUAUGGCGGGUUGCACCAUCGAAAGUGUCUAUGCCGGAAUUGCUGGCAGUCAUAUCCGGUCUUUGAAUUCCCAUGGCAUUGUCGCGAUUCGUGAUCGGGAAGUGUAUGCCCAGGAUGUUGAACGCGUGAUAGAUGCAGCACAGGCCAUGGCCAUUCCUGCAGAUCAGAAAAUACUGCAUGUGCUGCCACAGGAAUACGUCAUAGAUACUCAGGAAGGCGUAAAAGAGCCGUUAGGUAUGUCAGGGGUGCGUCUGGAAGCAAAAGUGCACAUGGUCACCUGUGCGGUAAAUGCUGCGCAGAAUAUAGAAAAAUGUAUUGAGCGUUGCGGCCUAAGCGUUAACGACAUCAUUCUGGAGCAGCUUGCGUCCAGUUAUUCAAUUCUGACCGAUGACGAGCGUGAGCUGGGUGUCUGUCUGGUAGACAUUGGUGGCGGUACAACUGAUAUCGCGGUGUUUACUGGAGGUGCUAUCCGUCAUACCGCCGUUAUUCCUAUUGCCGGCGAUCAGGUAACCAAUGACAUUGCGAUGGCUCUGCGCACACCUACGCAGAACGCGGAAGAUAUAAAAAUAAAGUAUGCCUGUGCGUUAACCCAGUUGGCUCGUGCUGAUGAAGUUAUCAACGUGCCUGGGGUGGGGGACAAGCCCUCCAGGGAGUUGUCCAGGCAGGCUCUUGCGGAGGUGGUCGAGCCACGCUAUGACGAAUUGUUUACGUUGAUUCAGGCAGAGCUGCGGCGCAGCGGCUUUGAGGAUUUGAUUGCGGCAGGCAUUGUCCUGACAGGCGGUGCUGCAAAAAUGGAAGGUGUGAUUGAGCUUGCGGAAGAGAUAUUCCACAUGCCGGUCAGUCUGGGGUCGCCACGUAAUGUGGCUGGUUUAAAGGACAUCGUACGUAACCCUGUUUAUGCCACGGGCGUAGGUUUGUUGCUGUACGGUCUGGAGCGAGAAAAAGAAAUGCCGGCUCGCGGGAGCGCCCACAAGGGUGGUCUGUUCGGGCGUGCGGUGAUAAAAGUGAUUGGUGUUGGAGGCGGCGGCGGUAAUGCUGUGCAGCAUAUGGUCAGCAGAUGUGUAGACGGUGUUGAUUUUAUUGCUGCCAAUACGGAUGCGCAGGCGCUUAAAAAUCUGGAUGCGCAGACUACACUGCAGAUCGGUAGCGGUAUAACAAAAGGGUUGGGUGCAGGCGCCAACCCUGAUAUCGGUCGUGCCGCGGCAAUAGAGGAUCGCGAGCGGAUCAGUGAAGUGCUUUCCGGUGCAGAUAUGGUAUUCAUAACCGCAGGCAUGGGUGGCGGAACGGGUACUGGUGCCGCGCCGAUAGUGGCUGAAAUUGCGCGUGAAAUGGAUAUUCUGACCGUCGCUGUGGUUACCCGACCUUUCAAUUUUGAAAAGCGCGUGGACGUUGCGGAUAACGGUAUUCGCGAGUUGUCUCAACACGUUGACUCGUUGAUUACUAUCCCCAAUGAAAAGCUGUUAGCCGUUUUGGGUGAGCGAACCAGUAUGCUGGACGCGUUCAGUGCAGCGAAUGACGUUCUGCUGGGUGCCGUGCAGGGUAUUGCAGAUUUGAUUAUUCGUCCCGGCAUGAUCAACGUGGAUUUUGCAGACGUACGUACGGUGAUGUCUGAGAUGGGUAUGGCCAUGAUGGGAACCGGUCGAGCGUCUGGGGAUAAUCGUGCAAGAGAUGCGGCGGAAGCUGCGAUUCGUUCGCCUCUGCUUGAAGAUGUUGAUCUGCAUGGCGCGCGCGGCAUUCUGGUUAACGUGACUGCCGGCCCGGAUCUGAAUAUCGGUGAGUUCACGGAAGUGGGUAGUAUUGUUGAGGACUUUGCAUCCUCCGGUGCUACCGUAGUAGUCGGCACCGUGAUUGAUCCAAGCAUGGGUGAAGAGCUUAAAGUGACCGUUGUAGCGACGGGUCUGGGUGAAGCUGAAGCGCCCAGUGUUGUCAUCGAUAAUACGGUUGCCCCAGCGGCGCUGGACGGUGAACUGAAUUACGACGAUUUUGAACGACCUGCUUAUUCUCGUCAUCAGGGCGCAACCGCACGCGAUCAGCGGACUGAAACUCCGGACAGUCAGAGUAUGGAUUAUCUGGAUAUCCCCGCGUUUUUGCGGCGCCAGGCUGACUGA